CAGACUAGUAGGAGAGGAGUGGGAAAUGGCUUCCCACCUUGGUAUACAUUCAACAGUCUUGUUUCUCUUGCUUCUUAUUUCAUCUGGGAUAAUAUUAUCCGAAUGCACGAAUUUCACCAUUGUAAAUGGCUGCAAAGAGACCAUAUGGCCCGGAAUAUUACCUAACGACAACUUCAACGGUGAUGGUUUCGCGUUAAAACCCGGACAAUCCGCCAUUUUCACAGCUCCACCGGGGUGGAAUGGCCGGAUUUGGGGUCGAACCGGUUGCAAUUUCAACAAAAAGGGUAACGGAACAUGCCAAACAGGAAGCUGUGGUAGCAACCAGAAAUGCACUACCCCCGGGCAGCCACCAGCUUCAAUUGCCGAUUUUACCCUUGGACAAGUUGAUUUUUACGAUGUUAGCCUUGUCGACGGAUUUAACGUACCUUUGAUGGUCAAACCUGUUGGGGGUAAAGGAAACUGCAGCACUGUAGGGUGUGACAGUGACUUGAGGGAAAAAUGUCCAUCGGAGUUGGCCGUUAAAUCGGAUGGGAAGACUGUUGCUUGCCGGAGCGCAUGCAACGUGUUCAACACUGACGAGCUGUGUUGUCGAGGAAUGUACUCUGAUCCUGCUGCAUGUAUGCCCAGUAACUAUUCAAGGACAUUCAAAGAGGCUUGCCCUGCAGCUUAUAGCUAUGCACAUGAUGAUCCUACCAGCAUUGUUACUUGCUCUGCAACAGACUAUAUAUUGACAUUUUGUUCGUCGAGGAACCAAACACAGUGCACUUAUCAUGAUGGGAAGCUUGCUUGUAAUGGUUCAAAUGGCUUAAAGGCAAUCUCUCAGAUAUGGCUGAUCUUGGUGCUGGCACUGCCAACAAUAAUCCACUUACCACCCACAUUUUGA